AUGACCUCUGCAAGCAGCAAGCUAAUUGGUCUCAAGCCCGAGCGUCGGCGCGCUUUCAGUUGUGAAACCUGCAGAAAACGAAAGGUCAAAUGUGACGGCGCGACGCCCAUCUGUUCACGGUGUUCGAGGCGAGGUGAUGAUUGCCAAUACGGUCUCAAUCCCACUUUAUCUUAUACCAGAGCUCUUGAGCAAAAGGUCGCUCAUCUAGAGGCUAAAAUUCGUACCUUGGAAUGUCUCUCGGCUGAUGUAGUCUCCCCUUCGGGUCAAAGCACUGCUGGCUCUGCUCAGACCGACUGCAACUCAAAGCCAAGCGACGGUACCGAGGGCACAAAGAUCGCCAAAUUCGACGCACUUCGAGUUGAUGACGGCCAGCUGACCUUCCAUGGGACGACUAGUUUCUUCCGGCUCCCUGGCAGUCUCCAUGAUGAUGCAGAUGGUAUCGGUCCAUCAAUCCCUUCCCAAAGGGACACUGGAAGGGGCAAGGACAAAUUAAUCAACAGCGCAUGGAAAGAAAGAGCUUUUGAGCAAUUCUCAAACACCCCCGAACCGAUGAAGUCACUGCUUCGUGACCACUGGACCUGGGUUUCGCCUCUUUUUAACUUCGUCUACCGACCUGCUUUCACCAGAGACAUUAAGAACAACGGCCCCUACUACUCCGCCGGCUUACUGAGUACGAUUUUCGCACACUCUGUGCGAUGGGCGAGAGCCGACCCUGAUUUAUCUGUCUUACUGGAACCUUAUGAUGGCGGUGCUCAGUUCUAUCGUCAAGCGAUUGCCGCCGUGUUUGAUAGCGUCAGACAAGGUCCAGGCAAAAUUCCCGAGGUUCAGGCCCUCCUCUUGCUCAGUGCUCAAGCUAUUGGCAAAGGACAUAAAACCCAAGCGUGGCUGUACAUGGGUAUGGCCAUGCGGCUGAUGGAAGACAUGGGUCUUAAUAUCGAUAGCUCUAGCUACGCCGCAACAGCCGGGCUUAGCGAUGAGGAUAUCGAGAUUCGAACCCGUUUAUUCUGGAGCUGCUAUUGCUGGGAGAAACUACUCUGCUUAUAUCUGGGUAGGCAGCCUGUCAUUCUCGCAACGCACGCUAGUUCUCCACAGCUCUUGCUAGAUGACUCUGCUGAAAUCGAGGUCUGGUCGCCUUCUGGAGUUGGAGUUAUUGAUGAGCAGAACUACCCACCUACGCAGAGUCAUGCGACUUCCUGUUUUAUCAAUAUGUGCUCUCUGUCUGAAGUCCUCCAUAGGAUUCUACGCCAGCUUUACGACCCUCUGAAUGAAAUUCCUGAAGACUCAAAAAAAUCUUACAUCCUCAACGAGACGGCAAACAUGCAAAUCUGGUGGGACAGGCUCCCUCCGUUUCUGAAGAUAUCUACUUCCGAUUUGCCUCAUUAUUGCCCGCCCUCUCAUGUGGCGACACUGAACGCCAUGUUUCACAUGGUGAAAAUCCAGCUCAAUCGGCCAAUUCUAUACGCCCGUGGCACUUCCGAGAUACUAAGAGAUAACCUAGAGCAUCAUGUUGCCGAGUGCACUUCUGCUGCUGACGCGAUCAUAAACGUAUUUGAUCUCUACACGCGCAGCUUUGGGCUGGGACACGUCAUGACAGCUAUGAUAUAUUGCGUCUACACAGCCGCUUCCAUCUUUCUGCUCCAAGUCCAGGCCACCAGGACAGACACGCAAGGCCCGAUCUCGAAGCUGAAAUAUUGCCUUGACGCUAUGGAAAGCGUCAAGGCAACGGCUCCCAUCAUUGGCACAGCAAUUGGGUUAAUUCAACGUGAGAUCCAGCGUUUGAAUGUUUACCUGGAUGAUCCGACGAGAUCGUCAACAGACUUACCUGAGCUUCCUCACAUAGCACCGGAGGAACCGAAUGCAUAUGAAUGGGCAGCUGUGAAUGAGGGUGCCAUUCUGCCACAACAAUGGGCUGAUGUAUCAUUGCCAGGAGAUAUGGAAACGUGGUUCGAUGAUAGCUUCUUCCUGGCUGCCGAUGUACAUUCUGCCUUGUACAGUCCUUACGAGGCGAGUGAGUUAACAUGA